AUGUUGGGUGGACGCUCCCCCCAAACCAGGAUUAACAUUGAGGAGGAAACUGAGAGUCUACUGGAAAAGGCCUUGGAGAAGGAAAAAGAAAGAGAAACACCUUUGGGACGGAGAGAUACAUGGUGGAGUCUCUUACUUAGACCAACGCCUACGCCAGGUACUUAUGUAGUACGGGAUUUUAUUGAAGAAGCCCAGCUCAACCCAGUGAAAGCGACAUAUAAUUUUAAAGGAGAAGGCAGAAAGAGACCUUCCAUCUUCCAACCAACAGCUGAUCUUACGCUACCAGAUGUUUAUGCAUACAUUCCUCCUAGCUUUGUAGAUUUGGCAGGAAAAAAGCCAGCUACAUAUUCAUUUAAAAGUGCACCAAGGAAAAGUCCCAGCACCUUAUGUUUUAAAGAUAAGGAUAUUGACACGGCACCAGGCCAGUAUGAUCUUUUCCCUGUUCCAGUGCCCACAUUUGCAUCCAAGCAGUUUAUGUUUCGUUCUGCAGUUCAAAGAUUCCCAACAACUUACUUCACUCCUAAAGAAGGGCCAGGGCCAGGUGAAUAUGAAAUGAAGGAAAAAGCACCUCAUCCUAUAUCUUCGUGUUUCCAGUCAAAAGUGCCUAGGUUGCAGCCAGUCCGUUCAAAAAUACCAGGUCCAGGAGCUUAUGAGCCCACAAGGCAGUUUCCAAAGCAACCACGAACUAUUGCGAGCUUGGGUCACGAGCACAGCAUCUUCUUUAGUAACACAUUUGGAUUUUAG